UUACAGUACAAAAAGAAAGUGGUGCAAUCGGUUAUUCGCCGGCCGAAAGAUCUUUUACAUAGGGCGGCCAAAUACAGUCAGCAAUAGCAACUUUCAUAGAACCACUUCGAAAAGAUGUCCCCUACUGCAGUAGAAAUUACGCCCGCUGUCAUUCCCGCUGCAGUUCCCUUCAAGGGUGCAGCUCUUGCCAUCGGUUCCCUGUCUACAGCACAAGAUGGGAAGUAUCAAGCACUCAUAUCCGAUCUCGAAAGCUCUAGACCUGUAGAGAGGCAGAUGCUCGACAGAUUGGUCGAUGGAGCAACAUCACUAAAAGCCUCGACAUAUGCCUCAGCACAUGUCAUUCUUACUCAAUCCGAGUACAUUUCCCUCCUUCCGAACAUUUCUUUCCUUCUUUCACAGCUCCUUGCUGGACUUGCACCCCUAGGAACCCUCAAUCUUCACAAUCUAUCUGCCCUCGACGACCUCUCGCCCCUCACUUCGGCGCUGACUUUAUCCGGAUUCACACUCUUGAAUACUGCUUCUUCUACAAUAAUUGCCCAAAAGCCUGCGCAUUCCGCUGCAGGUCCGCUCCGAUUGCUUAACCGUAAGAAAACCGAUCCGGCCAAGAAGAAAGCCCUUUGGGCACUCUCAUCCUACGCACCUUCGACUCCUUCCAUUGAUCCUGACGCCCUUCUUACCGAUGCGGACAAGGCACGGCCUGUUCCCACAUGUGAGCCUGUGAAUCCUUCAACUCCCAGGCGCAAACGGGCGUGCAAGAACUGCACUUGUGGGUUGGCCGAGUUAGAGGCGGAAGAGCUGCGGCAUAGCAAAGUCGUUUUGUUAGACGGCAAAGUCGACGGAAGUGCAGUCGAAGUAAAUCAGGGCAAAGAACAAGAGCGAUUGAUACAGGCAGCUAAGGCAGCACCUAAAGCAACCAGCAGCUGUGGUAACUGCUUUUUGGGUGAUGCAUUUAGAUGUGCCAGUUGCCCAUAUUUAGGUUUACCGGCCUUCAAGCCCGGAGAAAAAGUUGAGAUUGAUUUCGGAAUGGAUGAUAUCUAACUCUAUGUUACAUCUCAAUCUACCUCCAUUGCCUAGUGUGCACAUGUUGUCGCUCUCAUCGUUGUAUCUACUUCCAACGUCCAUUAUUGGACGCCAAUUAUCUAGAAACUCUAAUUGGUCGAUAUUUCGCAUUCAGACCGCCUUCGCACAAUAUCUACAAUUCCCGUUGCGCCCCAAGCUUUCUACGCCGGGCGGAACAUAUAGCGCUGCAAGAGACAUCUACUUCCUAGCCUUGGUAGUUCCUCGUUGAACCUUUACAGCGUGUAACCUUCUUUCCUGCAACAAAUCAAGUUUUGAGCUUAUACUCGGGGGUACUUGGACUGAUCUAAAAUAUUUAAGCAAAAUCAAUACAACACCAGCGAUAUUCAGUAACACCUAUCAGAACUACACUUACCGGCCAGAGUGUACAAGUUUGUCCAAGUAGGUUCCAAUCGUAGAUGAGUACUUACCUUAC